AUGAUUACUUCAACAAGCAGCACAGAGGUUCUCACCCCUGCCAAUGGCUCCGACGAUAGCAAAGGCACAACGACUCCGGCAACCAGCUCCGAAGACGCUGAAAUGCAUGAUGGCCUACUCCGAAAUGAUAACCACGACGACGUUGCUAUAAUCGGCAUGGCAUGUCGCGUGCCAGGAGACGUGAAUUCCCCCUCCGCACUGUGGCAAUUCCUCCUUGAGAAAGGUGACGCUUCAGGGGAUAUGCCCUCUUGGCGUUGGGAUCCCUAUCGACAGCGCCAUCCUCGUAAUGCGGCCGUACUGGCUGAAACCACCGCCAAGGGCUACUUCCUCAAUGACAUCGACCAGUUCGAUGCUGCGUUCUUCGCCAUCUCUCCACGCGAGGCGGAGCAGAUGGAUCCCCAGCAGCGAAUUGCCCUCGAGGUUGCCUGGGAGGCCUUGGAGGAUGCAGGCAUCUCUCCUUCCCGUCUUGCGGGUUCAAACACUUCCGUAUAUAUGGGUGUCAACUCCGAUGACUAUGCCAAGCUGGUCUUGGAAGACCUUCCUGAUGUCGGUGCCCAUAUGGGCGUGGGCACAGCCUACUGCGGCAUCCCCAGCCGCAUAUCCUAUCUGCUCGAUUUGAUGGGUCCUAGCGUUGCACUGGAUGCGGCCUGUGCAUCAUCCCUGGUCGCUGUACACCAUGCCCGUCAGGCUAUCCGUGCUGGCGAGACUGAUCUAGCUAUCGCAGGUGGUGUCAACGCACUCCUGGGACCAGGGUUGACCCGGGUGCUGGACGAAGCUGGGGCUAUCUCCUCGGAUGGAAAGUGUCGUUCCUUCGAUGACUCCGCUAGCGGGUACGGCCGAGGCGAAGGAGCGGGGGUGGUCAUCUUAAAGCGUCUGGAUAAAGCCUUGGCGGACGGUGACCAAGUGCUCGCCGUACUCAAGGGCAGUGCCGUGGCCUCAGAUGGCAAGACACUUGGAAUCAUGGCCCCCAAUGCGCAGGCACAGCUUCUCGUUGCCCAAAAGGCGCUGAAAGAAGCAAAAGUGACGUCUGACUCCAUCAAUUAUAUCGAGGCCCAUGCCACCUCCACAUCGCUGGGCGAUCCCACAGAAACGAAUGCCCUAGCUGAGGUAUACGGUGUGGGAUCCGGACGGCAUCCAUCUGACCCGUGCUAUAUUGGUUCCAUCAAACCGAACAUCGGCCAUCUGGAAGCUGGUGCUGGUGUCAUGGGUCUCAUCAAGGCGGUGCCGCCACAGGCGAAUCUGCAGACGUUGAAUAGCAAAAUCGCAUGGAAAGAGAACUUACUGCGCCCUGCCCGCGAGCUGGUGACGCUACCCCGUGGCGCCCUAUCACGACCGUUACGGGCAGCUAUAGCAUCAUACGGAUACAGCGGCACAGUGUCGCAUGCGAUCAUCGAAUCAUUUGCAGGACGACCCUUGUUUGCCGAGCGACUGGCCCAAAUCCCGGACAGUGAUGCUGCGCCGACCCUCCUUCUCUUGUCCGUGCCUCAAGCAAACCGAAUCUCCACAACAGCUGCUGGCCUAAGCCAGUGGCUGCGCGACAUGGAUGGAGCGGUAUCCCUGGCGACAGUCGCCUCCACGCUAUCGCAGCGCCGCAUGCAUCAUCGCUUCCGCUACGCCAUUGUCGCUGAUUCCGUCGCAAACGCCAUCGCUACCCUCGAUGAUCUGGCCAAAGAUGUGCCAAGUCGGUGGGCGAUCAGUGACCGAAUCGGAUCCGAGGCGGGGAAGGGCGCGGUCUGGGUGUUUUCAGGCCAUGGUGCGCAGUGGCCCGACAUGGGUCGCGAAUUAUUCCAUUCUAGCCCGGCCUUCGGAGAAGUGGUGCGAAACCUGGAACCAAUCAUUCAAGCCGAGUUAGGAUUCUCCGCGAUUGAAACCCUGCACGCCGGUUGUCCAGAUCGCACCGAUGUUAUCCAGGCGAUGACAUUCCUCAUGCAUCUGGGCAUUGCCGCCGUGCUCGAGGCGGAGUCCGGUCCUCCAACCGCUGUCGUAGGGCAUUCCUUGGGCGAGGCCGCUGCGGCAGUCGUCUCUGGGGCUUUGACCUGGCAUGAAGCAGCCUUGGUAGUAUGUCGACGAGCGCGUCUUUACCGCGAGUUCAUGGGACAAGGUGCCAUGGCCCUGGUUCGGCUGUCGGCAUCGGAGGCCCGUGCCCGUAUUGCCACGCACCCCGGCGCGUCCGUCGCAAUUGAGGCGUCGCCGACCGCGUGUGUGGUAUCCGGCACUGUUGACGCGGUCCAGAGAUUAUCUGAGCAAUGGCGUGAAGAAGGUGUGGAGGUGCGUGCUGUGGCCACAGACGUGCCCUUCCAUACACCACUGCUGGAGAAGCUGGCUGGUCCCCUCCGCGGAGCACUGAAGAACGAGCUCCAUCCUCAAGUGCCGCAUCGGGCUCUCUAUUCGACUUCACUAUUAAAUCCGCGGUCAGACGUAUUGCGUGAUGCGGAAUACUGGGUGAUGAAUAUGAUCCAACCGGUCCUAUUGCAGUCAACAGUGGCGGCACUUGUGGACGAUGGAUUCCGCGCAUUUGUGGAGGUGGCGAGUCAUCCCAUCAUAACGCACUCGAUUGCUGAGACUAUCAGCGAGCAGACUACGGACCGUUUUAUCGCGACACCCACUAUGGUGCGCAAGCAGCCAGCACUAAAGAGCAUCUUGGCCGCUGUGGGCCGCCUGCAUUGCUUCGGCUGCGCCGUGAAAUCCACAGAUCUCGAACCGACUGCGCCAUGGAGUUCAUCAGUACCCGGUACCGUUUGGCAUCACCAGUCAUUCUAUCGCGCUGUGAGUGGGAUGACGGCUGCACAACUGGCGCCAACCCACAAGCCUGCCGCCAAUGACCUACUCGGUACUCGGACCGCCCUGUGGGGAACGGACGAGGUACUUUACCAAACCCGUCUUGAGGAAGACAACCGACCUUUCCCCGGCCGUCACCCACUGCAUGGGUCAGAGAUUGUGCCUGCUGCGGUGCUCUUGCGCACAUUCCUGCGUGCGCUAUCUCCCAGGAGCGUGGAGGAAGUGUCGCUCCAGGUUCCUGUUGUUGUGUCUCCGGCCCGCGAGAUCCAGAUCCGGCAUAACACGCGUAACAUCACUGUCACAUCUCGUCUGGAGGAGUCGACAAGCAAUGAAGAUAGCUCGUGGCUUGUCAAUACCACGGCGACCGUGGGGGCUGAUGCAACACCCUCCGUUAGCCAUGUCGACAUAGCGGAGGUCGGAAAAAGACUGCCACAGAAGCUGUCAGAUAGUUUCUCGAUUGACUACCUCGCCUCUGUAGGCGUGUCUGCCAUGGGAUUCCCAUGGCGGGUAGCCCACCAUGUGGCGAGCGAGAACGAGAUGCUGGCCAGGGUAGACGCCAACCCAGACAGCCUGCCCGGCAUGGACGAUCUUUUGACGUCUGUCAUGGACGCUGCGACUUCCAUCGCGUCAACCCUCUGGCACUCUGAGCCCCGACUCCGUAUGCCCACGGCCGUCCGUCGUGUCGUGGCCGUUGACGUGGCCACUCCGCAAGUCGUGUACAUCCACUGCACCAAGGCGCAAUCCUCUGUCGACGCAGCCGACGUGAUCAUUAGCAGCGAGGAGGGCACGGUGCUGAUGGAGAUCCAGGGUAUGGCAUUUGCCGGUGUUGAGGGCGAGUCUUUGUCACGCAAAAGUACCUCUGGCCUAGUACACCAAAUCAGCUGGCCGCCCGCCACGCUGGCCGAGGAGCCGCUGGAAUUCGCCCACAUCGCGUUCCUGACAGCGGAUGCCGCCAAGACUCAGGUGGGAGCAUACCAGAGACAGCUCGAGGGAAGAGGCAUCUCCACCUCUAUCCACGAGCGUGCCUCCGACUUGCCGUUGACAACCCAUUCGUCUAUGGCGGUCGUUUACCUCCCUCAAGUCGCCGAUCGGAUGUUUGACACCGCGACCCGCAGCUGCAAUGACCUCGUGACAGCAGCCCAGGUUAUCCUAUCCUCCUCGGAUAAGCCCACCACCCGCCUCUUUGCCCUCACCUCUGAUGCCCUCACAGGCCUCGGCCGGAUCCUGCACACUGAACACCCCGAGAUCUGGGGUAGUCUCAUCGACCUCGAAGACCCCUCGGUAUUCCCGCUCAUGGCAAUGCGCUACGUGCGUAACGCUGAUGUCGUCAAGAUCGAGGAUGGGGUCCCGCGCACGGCUCGUCUCCGCCCUCUCCGCUCCGCUCCGCCCCACUCAACCGCUGGACCCGCUACUCUCACAUUUUCCCCGGCAUCCACUUAUCUCAUCACCGGCGGACUCGGCUCUCUCGGACUCUCUGUAGCCCAAUGGAUGGUCACGCAGGGUGCCAGACGCAUCCUACUGCUCUCUCGUCGCUCCCUACCGCCGCGCUCGACCUGGACGGCCUCGCAUAAACCUGGGACUCAGUUCAUCAUCGAUAGUAUCCUCUCUCUUGAACGUCUUGGUGCCACUAUCCACCCAGUAGCCAUCGACAUUUCCCACGCAUCCGCGGUGACCAACCUUCGUUCGGCCCUCGCCACACUCAGCCUCCCACCCGUCGCCGGCGUAGUUCACGCCGCUGGCAUCCUCCAUGACCAACUCAUCGAGCGGAUCACUCCAGAUGCCUUUGAAGCCGUCCUUGCUCCAAAGAUUGCAGGUGCCUUGGCACUGCACACCGUCUUCCCUCCCAGCUCGCCUGGCCUAGACUUCUUUGUCCUCUUCUCUUCCUGCGGCCAGCUCCUAGGAUUCCCAGGUCAGGCGUCGUACGCGAGUGGGAAUUCAUUUUUGGACGCUUUGGCGCGAUCACGCAGAAAGGAGGGGGAUAAUGCCACCUCGCUCCUUUGGACAUCUUGGCGUGGCAUGGGUAUGGGGGCUAGUUCCAAUGGCGCCCUGGAGGCGGAACUGUAUGCUCGCGGAAUUACGGAUGUGACUCCUGACGAAGCUUUCCUGGCUUGGAGUUCUAUCUCUGGCACUGAGGGUGCUGACCAUGGUGUCGUACUUCGUGCUCGGCCACUUGAAUCUGGGGAGCCGCUGCCACAUGCGAUCCUGAGGGAUAUUGCACCGAGGAAAGAGAGAGCUGUCGAUGAAGGCAAUGGGGGAGAACGGAGAGCGGAUGGCAAAGAAUUGGCGGAGUAUUUGCGUGUCGUUAUGAAAAAGUGUGUGUCCACAACAUUAUCUAUCCCUGAAGAUGAGGUAGACGAGACAGUGGCGUUGCCGGAAAUGGGCAUGGACUCUGUCAUGACGGUGAAUUUCCGCAUGAGCCUGCAGCAGGCGCUGACGGUGAGUGUUGGACCAACGUUGGUGUGGAAGUACCCUACAGUGCAUCAUCUGGUAGAGUACUUCUGCCAGGUGUUGGAUGAAUAA